AGAUAGAUUUUUACCCUGAGUUAUCUCGACAUGAAACAAUAUGUCGGUCCCACUAGUAAACAACUUCGAGGUCCCCUCAUGGGCAGGGAAACCACCUCCAGGUCUGCAUUUAGAUGUUCUGAAAGACGGAAAGAUGAUCCAGAAACUGAUGAUUGAUGAGAAAAAGGCAUACUUCUUCGGUCGUAACAAACAGCUGUGUGACUUCACGAUAGACCACUCCUCAUGUUCAAGGGUUCACGCAGCUCUUGUGUGGCAUCGCCAUCUCUCUCGUCCAUUUCUCAUCGACCUCGGCAGUACUCAUGGCACGUUUAUCGGACACAUACGUCUGGAGUCCAAGAAGCCCCAGCAGGUGCCCAUAGACAGCGAGAUUCACUACGGUGCUUCCACACGCAUCUACAUUAUCAGAGAACGACCGCAGAUGGGAGUGGGCGGCAUGGACGAGAAAGACGGAAAGAGGGAUGAGUCUGAGGGGAAUUUGUUAGGACUUCCUGAGUCUGAGACAGAACUCGACAAUCUCACAGAAUUCAACACAGCUCACAACCGUAGAGUAAUAUCAGUGGCAGAUAUGCCCGAUGUACCAAACCCACUCAAGCGAAAACACAAAGGCGGCCAUGUUGGCUUUGCAGAUGAGGAAGAUGUUAUCAAUCCAGAGGACGUUGACCCUUCAAUAGGCAGGUUUAGAAAUCUGGUGCAAACAACAGUCAUCCCAACAAAGCGAGGUAAACUGGACAUCGGAGCGGCGGGCAUGAACCAGCACAUCCACGAGUCAAAGAACCCCCUCAGUCCUACCAGCCUGUACGGUGACCUGCCCGCUUCGGGCCCCGGCUCCAUGUUGGCAAACCCGCUCAGCAUCGCCGCCAAACUGGGCCUGCCCGUGCCGAACUUAGCGCCGGACGUGGACUUCCAGAGUCCCGCCCCUCCCCCCGCGGCGCCCCCUGUGGCCGUCACUGUCCCGGAAGAGCCCGGUCCAAAGGAGCCCAAGAAGAAGAAAUAUGCAAAAGAGGCGUGGCCGGGGAAGAAACCUUCGCACAAUUUGCUGGUCUGAGGGGUGGGGUUUUAUUGUGGGUGGGUGGGUAGGUGGGACUUUCUUGUUCAUUGCUCAUUCCGAGUGGAAUGAGUUAGUUCAUUUUCCAUUAUGGGUUGGAAUUGGUUAGUUCAUUGUUCAUUUUGGGUUGGGAAUGGGCGUAGCUUGUUCAUUGUUCAUUAUGGAUUGGAAUGGACUAGUUCAUUUUUCAUUAUGGGUUGGAAUUGGUUUGUUCAUUUUUCAUUUUGGGUUGGAAAAAAUGGUUAGGCCAGUUCAUUGUUCAUUUUGGGUGGUAAGGGCUAGUUCAUUGUUCUUUCAAGGCGGAACAGUGUACUGAAUGUAGCAGAUCAAGAAGCAAUGAAGUACAAAUUAACUGGCCUGUCUGUCUUUGGACACUUGUAAAACGUACUGCAAGUCUUUUUAUUGCUGUUCUUGAAGGAUGCUUAAUUCUUUAUCUGCAUAUGGCACACGCACUCAUACAGUUUUGAGAAAAGAGAACAAAGAAAAGCGCAAAGGCUUGACAACAGUCGUUUAAUACUGGGAGAAAAAUGCAAAACGGACAGACAGAAAGAAAAGAGGCAUCGUAAAAAAGUGGGACCUGCAUGUGAAAUCAAUGCAGGGUUGUUUCAAAAUCAAACCUGUUUGCAGAAGCUGAUUUGUAUGGUUAGCUUUGCGUGUUUCAUGCUGUAUAACAAAGUGUUUUCUCCGAGAAGCGUUUUAGUCUCAGCAAAUGUUAAAAGGUUAAAAGGUGUUCUGAAUGACUCAGCCUUUCAGUUUUUGUUCAGCUGGCAAAUCCGCUAUAUUAAAUUAGAUCUGGGAUCAUUCAGGGAGUUUAAUAGAGCAGUCAUAGAUUUUACCUUGUUCUCAUUGUUUCAUUGUGGUUUGAACAAGGGUUGGUAUGAGGACAAAUGGUGCACUCGACAGUUGUUGUUAUGACUAUUGAAUGGUUAAUUCUCAAGUGAAAAGGGGGAGUAUGGUAGUGGGUUACAUGAGUGUAAAAAGAUGUAUGUGUUGGAUGCACUUAUGCAAGGGUUUGUGCUGUGAAGGAAAGAGUGUGGAAGAUGAAAGGCAUGAUUGAGAGAUAGCUAACUGAUGAGAGAGAGAGAGAUUGAUAGAUUGACAGAGUGUACUUUGAUUAUAAUAUAAUGUCCUUUUUAAAAUUUUCUUCGUUUUUGUAUGGUUUUUUUGUCUUUGCUUGUGUAGCAAGAGCAAGAGAGAAAAAAAAACCUUACAGAUAAUAUAUACAUGCUAUGUGUAUGGUAAUAGAUAUGUGUGUGCAUACGUGAGUGUGUUGUGGUUGUUUUUUGGUCUCUGCGCCUUGUGUUCAUUCACAGCAUUUCACCAAUGGAUAUUAUUAAGUCCUUUUUGCUUUAGAAUUAUAGAUCAGCAAGGUAGGGCUGUAGGCCAAAAUCAAGACUGGUCCUCCGUUAUUUGAGGUAUAAAUGUAACUACACAAAGACUACAGGUUGAGAAUCUGGCAAGUCACAGUUUUGUGAUCUUGAGAAACCUUAGGUUGUUGGGUUUUUUAAAAAGUUUGAACCCGGUAUCUUUCGGAAGGUAUAAAAUUACUGUAUACCAUUUUUUUUCUUCGCACUUCUUGAAAUUGCGAUAUAUUUUUUUAAAUCUGCAAAUUCAAGUCAUUUGUUAAAUUUCUCUCCUGCAUUGGAACCCAAAAAGAGAAUCUGUAAUUACUUACCAGUGUUCAUCACUUUUACAGGAAUUCAGACAGAACCUGCCCCAUUAAGACACACCUAUGCUUGUGGGUGAAAUGGACAUCAACAUGUGUUUUCCUUGAACUUGUUGUCUGCACUGCUUUGCAUCAGAGUUUAGCUGCACUUAAAAAUAAGAUAACUGUAUACUAGUAUUCAUUUAGAAGUACGUCAGACAACAUACAUGACACUGGACGGCAUAAACUGCAAAGUCAAAAUGUUCAGGAAAACAAAAUGUUUUGUAAAAAAAAAAUGCGGUGAAUAGUAUCUCCUUUACGUAAGUAUUUCCAUUUUCUCCUGUUACAAAAGUUUUUAAAAGUGUCACGAAACCGCUUGGGGCAUAACUCAGAAAGAUAGUGCGACAUUGCUGUUUUACCCCUGUAGUCUUCAGAUGUACUUCUAAUACUUCUAUGGAUGAAGUGUAUAUUUGUGAGGCAGCGUGGUGAAGUCAGGCUCUCGUCAAAAUAAAGAAAUCGUAGAAAGAGGCAUAAGUUUGGAAAUUUUGAUCGAAUUUUUAUUUUUUGGCUUGACCUCUUUUAUGUCCAUGUAAAAACACAUUUUCAUGUGAAUUUUACUGAAAAACAUUGAUUAAAGGCACUAAAUAUGCCAUUUUUCAGUUUUCAAUGACUCUUUAGCUAUUGGAGUUACCUAACUUUAGCGGCCUUUUUCUCAUUAAUUUCACCACUGAAAUCAUGCGACCUCAGUUCCUUCAAUAUCGGAUAUCUUGAUAUAAGUAAAUCAGCUUUCACAUGUUAACAAUAACAAUAACACCACAUGCCCAAAUAUUUUCGAGCACCUGAUUCCACUGCGCCGUAACACAUUUCAUUAUUAAUUUGUACAUUGAUUUAACCCUUUAUUUGCAGAUAUACUUGUCCAUUUGCUAAUACAAGAACUGCUCUGUGACUUGAUUGCAGAUACCAUUAGUAAACUUUUUAGGGUGUAAAAAUAUGCUUUGCUAAAGAUGCUGGAAAAAUGGAGUUAUCUGUCAAAUGAGUAUGAGACACAAGAACAUACGUUUUAAUCAUGUAAAAAAAAAAUAUCUAAAACUUUUGCUGGACCCUGUCCUAGUUUUCUCUUACUCUGGUGUCUGGUGUAAUGGUAAGGCUCCCAACCGCCAAAUGCAGAAGGCGAGGGUUUGAUUCCCAAGCUGGGAAGUUUUUCUUAACAAGUAUCUCUCUAAAUGAUGUACAUUGUGACGAUGGGCUCGUAAAACACUUGCAAUUACUAUUUAAUUGUUCGUACAAAGUGGUGCUUUUGCUUUCUUUUGCUGCCAUAGGUCCUGUACUGUAAUGUUGUCUUGUAAUGAACUUGAUUGAGUGUCUCAGAAGCCCCUCGUUAGUGUCAUGAGGAUGGAAUGUUGUUUUGAGUAUUUGAAGUGCAAAAUUAUUUUAAAUGCUUCUCAUUAAAAAAUUCAGGGUGUUUAUGAAAUGCAGUCACACUUGUGUGGCCUUUUGCAUGAUCUUGGUGGGCGAUCUUAAAGAGGUAUGUAUGCUGUAGCUUUGCCUGAGCGGUAGACAUGAAGGAAAUCAUGUUCCAAAUGCUACUCCCAUCCCUUCAGAUCUUGACUUCCUUGAUAUGCUCGAAGGGAGAGACAUGAUCAGUGUGUGUGAAAUCAAAGAGGGUGUAAGGGUAUGUCCUACUAUUUUUACAGGUGUGAUAGAGAUAUUUUUUGUAAUAGGAAAAUUUUUAAUUUUGCUUGGGUCGCGGCCUAAUGACCUACUCUUCUGCAAUUUUCAACAAUCAAAGGAUCUUUACAACAUCCCAUUAAUUAUUAAUAGCAUAUUAAUUUGAUAGCACAAGUAAAUGAAGAAUGAAGACAGUUCUAUUUUCUUCAGUGUCCUGGUUUAGUUGCUUCUCUUCUACUGAAUUUGUAUGAGUUUCAGUUCUUCUGAUCGAAAGGCUAAUCCAAAAGCCACUACUUAUUUUAUCUUCUACUGCCAUCAGGACUUGGUUUUCUCUGUUUUUUAUAAUGGGUUUUGUUAAAACAGUCCAUGGAUAAAAGUUUGCUAGCUGUGGCCAGAAAUUCUGGCAAGGGAAAGCCAGUCGGUAUCACGGUGCCAGCAGCCGGGGAUGGCCGCCCUUGACUGGACAAACAUCAAUCUCAUGAAGCAUGGAUUUCUUUCGUUUACCUGGCAACUGUCUAAAAAAAACGUCUGACUUUUUAACUGAGCUGUUCAAGCAUAAAUCGACAGUACGGGAGUAAUUCGAUUAUCUUUUCAGGCAAAGCCUCUUUAGAUGCUAUGAGUUUGACAGUUCUCAGGCAAAAUGGUUGUGACCAACUUUUACCCAUGGAACAGUCUUGUUAAUAUUUUACUGAUGAUGGCAGCAAGCUGAAGUAUUAUCAAACAAUCUUGAUCAAACGACUGGUGUCAGCUGUUUAAUAGUUUGGCUUUUCUUUGUCACUUGCAGAAGAUGUGAAUUAAAUUUCCGCGUGGGGAAGUUUUCUGUGAAGUAUAUUCAUCUGUUGGCAAUAUUCUGCUUCGCGAGGGUUUACCCUAAUAGGCAUAGUCGAAUCAGCAGACCUCUCAAAUGAUCAAAAUGUAUUUAUGGAAGCAUAAAACACUUAUAAUAUUAUUGUUAUACACUUCUCAAUGGUAUGAUUAGGACAAGUACCUUAUGUGCUCACCUAUAAUGCGACCUCGUGUAUGUAUACAUACAUGUUGGCAUACCUUGUCUCCAGAAUCAGACUAGCUUGGUGGGUUAACCCUAUCCGUACGCCCUGCAGUCAUUUUGUACCCCCUGGGUUGUAUUCUUCUCAUUUUAAAUUUUAGAAUAUUUCUAGUAAGAAGAUCUCUUUGAACCUUUCAGUAUUUCUCAAAAAUUCUUUUUGACAGACGACUAUACAGAUAGGAUUAAUGAGUAAAUUUCCUCUUUGGUAAGUGGUGGCCCGGAGUUCGCCACGUCAUAUGGAUACGAUAGUAAAACACGACGUACGGAUAGGGUUAAUUUGAUUAAGUAAAAGUCCAUGACACUCACCUUAUGGUUGUGUUGACCAUUGGAUAUGGAUUUGCUGUUUGUGACUGAUUUUAAUUUCAUUGUGACCAGAGUGUAUGAUGUCAUGAUUUGGAUUGUCUUCAGGUAGUGUGAUCAGGCGAAUUUUUUUCCAAAAUGGUAUAUGCUGACUGUUACCAAGCUUUGUAUUUCUACCUCCAUGUUUUUGUCUCGGAAACUAUACUUAAAAUUUAUGAAAUCAUAAACAGUGGAAAAAUUUCCUUGUGAUGUUGAUUGGAGACAGUGUUUUCCGAAUGUCACAGAUGUCAGCUAAGUAAAAGAUAUUGAACUCUUCACAUAUAAUUAUUUUUGUUGGAAAGGAGUUUUUAUAAAAUAGAGGUAGUUUCUGAUUUAUUCAGCACAGACUAAAUUGGCAUUCUCUUCCAGUUGCUUUCCUUUUUCGUGCAUGUGUUGAUGUGUCUGCAAGUGUGAUGUAUGCAUGUACGUCUACAUGAAUGGUUGCACUCAGUGUACCUUGUCCUGCAUGUAUAUGUCUGAUGGCAGGGUAGAAGUAGAAAUGAAAGUGCUUAGACUGAAAAGUGGUCUUGGGGUACAUUUGUAACGUAAAACUACUUAUUUGCACCUGCAUAAAGUAUUAACAUUUUCCCGCCAUGGGAGGCCAGUCGGUGAUGGUAAGAAGCCAUCCCCCCCCCCCCCCCCCCCCCACAGGAUGCUGAUGCUGAUCGGUGACUGUGUGAUAUAGCGACAAUAAUGUUGUAUGCUGCGUGAGUGGAAAGUGUUAAAUCUAUGAACCUGUGUUCGAGGGCUGUUUUUAUGAUCCUCAAGUUUUGCUCACCAGUCAGCUGAAAAUAAACUUUGCUUCCUUUUGUAGUAGUAAAACACUUUUGUAGAUGUCCCACCUUCUUUGAAUGAAAAGAGGUGUAGCAUUUUUAUUUAUCAAAGGCCAAAAAGUUUGCAAUGCUGGUUUUCCUCAUAAGUACACUGUAUUAACCCUUUCAGUGCUGAAACAUAUCUAUUUCCUUUUGUACAGACUGGACAAAAUGUUCAUUAGGAGAGAUCUAGACAAAGCCAUAAUAUAUUUCCCCUUACUUAGAAUAAGAAAGUGCACACGUUGCAAAUACAUCUUUAAAAAUAUCGAUGAAAAUUGUCAAGUGAACAAGUUUGGGAGAAUCAAGUACAUGUUAUAAGUACAUGUCAUGUCUACCCAGCAGUGAAGAGGUUAAGCCAUUUACUGUGUAGACGUAUAUAUGUAAUCUCUUGCAUUUUCUGAAACAGGUUCUUUUCAAAUGCAGUUACAGCUUGUGUUGUUGCUUAUUCUUAAAAAGGGGGGAGGGUGUGGCUUUGCGCUAAAAUCUCUCUUGAGUGAACAUUUCAUUUUGUGUCUUUACAGAUGUAGAUGGAAACGUCUCAGCAGUGAAAGAGUUUAAGAGUGAAAGAUUACUGCCGUUCUGAUGUGUAAGUGUAAUAAUUAGCUCUACGGCUGUCAUUAUAACAAGACGUCAUGGGUUGGAUUCCCAUGUGGGGAGGGUUUUUCAUUGAAUAUCUCUAUCUUGUCUACCGGGCUGUUGUAUCCCUCUCAGUUUGGUCAACCCCCCAACAAGCAUGGCCAAAGAAACGUGCCUCCUAAAUUAUCAAAUGUGUCAACGGGGGCAUUAUAAUUUACUUUGAACCGUCACGUACAUUACAGUUUACAGACGUGAAGAGUAUGGCCCUUGAGUAGACCUGUUCAUUAGCUGUGUGGUGUUGUCCUCAAUUUAACAUGUGUGUGUGUGUGUGUAUGCUUAUGUGUCUUGUGCAGGUUGCAUGGCUGUAUGUUUUACAAAAUGCACUGUCAAAACUUUCAAAACAUUUUCAUGGCCUCUUUUGUUGUUUGGGAUUUUUUUUUUUGGGGGGGGGGGGGGGCUACUGUGUUUAACUAUUUCUUAAUUGUGAGGGCAAGUUUGCUGUGGCAUUUUUGUUUGUUUUGUUCUUAGGGGAUUGAAUUCUCAUUGGUUUCCUUCUUGACAUUAUCAGAGCUUAUCCUGUGUGUUCAUACAGUUUGCAAAGAUAAAAUCUUUGUUUCAUUUCAUCAUCAUUUGUUUUUUAUGCCUGCACAUCAGUUAUUGUAAUUAAUUACAUGUAUAAUAAUUUACAUUUUAUUGUCAGGUUGAAUGAAAAUUACAAUAUUUUGCUCCAAUGAAAA